ACCCUUCCCCCCCCCCCUUCUCCACCGUCCCAAAGUUAUCCCACGGCUCCCGGCCAGACCGCGACUUGCGCUGCUUCCAUGUCACUCGAUGAAUCGCAUCGUCUGUCCUCCUCGUUUCCGUCCUGCUGGCUGCUAGUGAGAAAGAUUAUGGGCGAUCGUGGUGGUGCAGGGAGACUGGAUGCGAGCGUAUGGAGCGGUGGUGACGAGAACCGUGUCAACAUGGACUCUCUGGCUGUCAUCCAUGGCUCAUGUCCACCACAUUGCUCUCCCAACAGUGUCGCUCGAGGAAUACGAGUCCAGGAAGCGGCAGUCGCGAGCUGGAGGAGGAGAAUCGCUUUUGAAAAGUCCCCUUUCGCAUUGUCUGGGUCUCAGGAACCCGACGGAUAUCCUGUCCCGCCGCGUGUCGGGGACGCAUCGUCUUCCACAGCAACAAUCAAAUACUAACUCGCGCACGCGUAGAAAUUUCAUUCACAAUGGGUUCGAGCCACGAAGAUGCCGUCUAUCUCGCCAAGCUCGCCGAGCAGGCUGAGCGCUACGAAGAGAUGGUGGAGAACAUGAAGGUCGUCGCCUCUUCUGACCAGGAGCUCUCCGUCGAGGAGCGGAAUCUGCUCUCUGUCGCCUACAAGAACGUCAUUGGUGCUCGCCGUGCCUCGUGGAGAAUCGUCACCUCGAUCGAGCAGAAGGAGGAGUCCAAGGGCAACGAGGCCCAGGUUACUCUCAUCAAGGAGUACCGCCAGAAGAUCGAGGCUGAGCUCGCCAAGAUCUGCGAGGACAUCCUCGAGGUCCUGGACAAGCACCUCAUCCCCUCUGCCCAGACUGGCGAGUCCAAGGUCUUCUACCACAAGAUGAAGGGUGACUACCACCGUUACCUCGCUGAGUUCGCCGUUGGUGAGCGCCGCAAGGCUUCCGCCGAUGCCUCCCUCGAGGCCUACAAGGCCGCCACCGAGGUCGCUCAGACCGACCUGGCUCCUACCCACCCCAUCCGUCUGGGUCUGGCCCUGAACUUCUCCGUCUUCUACUACGAGAUCCUCAACUCCCCCGACCAGGCUUGCCACCUGGCCAAGCUUGCUUUCGAUGACGCCAUUGCUGAGCUCGACACCCUGAGCGAGGAGAGCUACAAGGACUCCACCCUCAUCAUGCAGCUUCUCAGAGAUAACCUGACUCUGUGGACCUCGUCCGAAGCUGAGCCCGCUCCCGAGUCCAGCGCCGCCGCCCCGGCCGAGAAAAAGGAGGAGGCUCCCGCCGCCGAGGGCGAGAAGCCCGCUGAGUAAAUUGGAGGCACCUUUGGAACCGCGUCAUACGGCGGACGAGAGAUCGAGAGGAGAGGAGGCUGCUGCUAGCGCAUGGAACGAGAGCAAUGAGAAAAAGAAAAAGAAGAGGCCUGUUCGGUGGUCCUCUCAAAGAGCCGCAGGAAUUGGGCUUCUGUUUUCCAUUCUCCUUUAAACCCCUUUCUGAAGCAUAUUUUCUUCCUAAUGCGCACCAGGCCUUGCUGGUACUCCUGUUCCCCGACUCUGGAUCCUCAGUUUUUUUACCCCCUUUUUUGCCCCAGCGUCCAAGAUUUAAUUUAUUUUCUGAUUGCCUCGCCUGCCCCCCAUAUUCAGCCCCCCCUAAAACCCCAGACGCUCUAGUCUCGAUCUCCUUUUUUGAACCCUUUGUGGUGUUAUCCUCUGCGGCUCUAAACUUGCCGUGAGGUUUUAGAUGUCAGGCAGCAGUGACUACAACAAACUAAACAUAUUACAUUCGAAUACUCUAGA